CCCCCCCUUCGGCCGGGCCCAGCGAGGAAACAUGGCCCAGGCCCGCGGGAGGACGCGGCCCGUGAGCGAGCUGUGGGGGGUGCUGCUGCCGGCGAAGGGCAGGGAGGCGGAGGUAGAGGAGGAGCAGGACGACCCGCAUCCCGAUCCCGACUCGCUCUUCGUGGACGCCUCCGAGCUGUGCAGCAGCGGGCGGGUGCUCCGGGUUUCCCUGCCCGCGCGCCGAAAGGUUAUAAUACAGGAUGAAAGAUCCCAAAAGACGUAUGAAGUGGUUGGAUAUUUUCCAUUGGUUGGCCCUUGGUGGAAAGUUAAUGUUAAAGUUAAAUUGGUGGACUCAAAGUACUUUGUGCAAGGAUAUCCGUCAUACUUCCUACGAACCGAUAUAAGGGAAAACCAAAAUGCAGUUUUUUCACUCUUUUUUAAAGAGUGCUGUGUUCCUGAUAAUUUCAGAGAGGAGUUUUUUAAGUGUUUUCCUGAGAUAUCUGAUCUGAACUUCAGAAACCUUGAAGAAAAACUUAAUCAGUUUCAAGAGUCAAAAUUAAAUCUUCAGCAAGGGAACACCUCUAUUGAGACGAAAAAUUUUAAUAUUUUUUAUUAUAUUAUGCAAUCAUUUACAGGAAAGACUGUUUUGGUAGCUUUGAGUUUCCCAGUGAUAAUGGAGUUCCUGCCAAGACUUCUACCACGUCAUUUUUGCAAUAUUAUAGAGGCGGUGAGCUGGCAUAAAGUGACCAAACAGAACAGCAAAAGUGAUGAAAAAGUUUCUCCUGAAGAUGAGAUACUACCAAAAUUAGAUGAGAUGUUAAAAAAAGAGCCAUGGAAACUUGGAUUCAGCAGGAUAACCUACAAAGAACUGAAUCUUUCCACUUGUGAGGCAACUUGGGCAGCCUUCUGUCAGUGUGAGCAUCUCCUCUGGAAGAUUCCUGAAUUGCAGAAGAAUGCAUUAAUAAUAUACGAUAAGCUCAAGCAAAGAUGUAGAGAAAUGGGGCAUACCUAUGAAGAACAAGACAUUUUGACUUCUUUAGUUUCUAAAGAUAUGCCCAUUGAACAUGCCUGGCAAUCCUUGAAAUUUAUGAAAGAUGAGAAGAUAAUGAUUGGUGAGAAGAAACUGGUAUUUCUUUCUCAUCUUUACAAAUCUGAAAAAGACAUUGCACUUUCUGUAAAUCAUCUAAUGAAAAAUGACCCAUGGCAGUUACCUGUUGAUGUGAGAAAAGUACUUAAUGUUAGAGAUACCACCAAAUCAAAAGCAAAUGGAGAUAUUAAAAUAAAUAAUAACCAGCCUCCUGAAACAGAGCAAGUGGAGGGCAGUAAUGGCCCAGAUAUACAAAACAACAGUGACAGUGAUUUUCUUUAUAACGAACAGGUACCAGACAUAGAAGCUACAAGUGAGGCAGAAGUGGACCCAGAUCAAAUGAAAGCUGUGAAAAUGAUUUGUUCUAAUCCAGUGACAAUCAUAAGUGGAAAAGGGGGUUGUGGGAAGACUACUGUAGUUAGCUGCCUUUUUCAGUAUUUAAAGCAGGUGGAAAAAGAAGUGGCAAGUGCUUGUAAUGAUUUUGAAAAGGACCUGGAUGCAUCUGCUGAAUGGAAUACCUUUAAUAAUUUUUGUCAGGAGAACAUUUGCACAAAAAACCUUUUAAAUGUUUUACUUACUGCACCUACAGGAAGAGCAGCUAGCCUGCUGAAUGAGAAAACAGAGCUUCCCGCUUACACUCUCCAUCAGGUCAUCUACAGUUUUUAUUCAUGGAGAUUAAGAGAUGGACGAAUGCCGUGGAAGUUUUCUACUGUGACAGUUCUGGUUGUGGAUGAAGGAAGUUUAGUACCUGUACAAAUGCUUAGUUCAGUUUUAAAAUUGCUGUGUGACCACGCUCAACUUGCCAAGCUUAUUAUACUUGGUGAUAUCAGACAAUUACCCAGCAUUGACCCUGGCAACAUGCUCGCUGAUAUAUUUGAGGGUCUAAAAUCUAGAGGCUGGUCUGUGGAACUGAGAACUAAUCACAGAGCUGAGUCUCAGCUAAUUGUAGACAAUGCCACAAGAAUCUCCCAGCGAAAAUUCCCAGAGUUUGACUCAGUGCUCAAAGUCUCUGAUUGGAGUGAAAAGUUGACAAUGCCAAGCCCCGAGAAGAAAUUUAUUUAUGUUGUUUUGCCUUCUGGACAUGGUGCUCACUAUUUGCAAACUGCCAUACAAACUUUACUUGAAAAAGGACCUGGACUACAAGAUGCCAAACAAUCACAGUUCAUCGCUUUCAGAAGGCAAGAUUGUGAUCUAAUAAAUGAACUCUGUUGUCAGCACUAUUCAAAACAUUUAACCAGAAACCAUAAAAAUCGACUGGUGUUCCAAUGUGAUGACAAAAUUUGUUCCACGAGGAAUGCCUAUCUCAAGGACCUUCUUCCAAAAAAUAACACAGCUUGCACAAGGGAAAGUGACUCUCAGAAUCCUAAUCAAUGUGAAUGCACAGGGUGUUGUAGAAGAAAAGCCUUCUUGAGUGGACAAAAGCUACCUGGUGAUCUUGGGGGCAGUGCUGAGGAUGACAGACGAUUGUGCAAUGGAGAAAUAUUUUUCAUAACAGAUGAUGUAGAAGUCGAUAAGUGUCGUUUAUUGACCAUCAGCAGCACGUAUGGCUCCAAAUUCACUGUGGUGUAUGAGGCACUGAAGAGAGAGUGUCAAAUAAAGCAUGCAUGGGCCAGAACUAUUCACACAUUUCAGGGUUCAGAGGAAAGAACAAUUGUCUAUGUAGUCGGGAAUGCAGGCCCACAGCACUGGCAGCAUGUAUACACAGCUGUGACUCGAGGAUGCUGCCGGGUCUAUAUUGUGGCUGAAGAGACUCAACUCAGGAAAGCAGUUACUACGAAGAGCUUUCCCAGAAAAACUCGCUUACAACAACGUUUAAGAGAGACCUUUGCAGAAAUGAGUGACUCUUCAGAACAAAUGUCAUCUCACCUAAAGGGUUGUUGGCAAAGUCAAGGGCAUGAUACUCAACCUGGUCCUAUUUCAGUAACUGAGGAUAUUCCCCUCUCUUCUGUACCUGUUGAAGAUGACUUCAUUAAAGCGGAAGAUCCUGCAGUUCUUAAUGACAUACAAACUAAUAAUGGACAGUGGAGUACUGCUGAACUGGCCAGUGCAGGUAGUGAGACUCCCGUUAAAUCAAAUGGAUGUAAAAGACCAGGCAGUUUUACAGAUAGUUUUGAAAGUCCUUCAAAAGUUACUAUGGUAAAUAACGAAGGCUCGCCCCUUGCGUCAACCAGACUUCAGAAUCUGACUUUGAGGAGCCCAACUCCCAAGCAGCUUUUUGGACCUUAACAAUCAAGUA